AUGUUCAGACAAACUCUUAGGGCAUUCGCCAAGGUGAACAGAUUUGCCGGCGUUAGAGGUUAUGCUGAGGCCGCAGAAAAAGCUACCGGUGAGACUUUGAAGUUAUCCCUGGCACUUCCUCACCAAACAUUGUUCAAGAACAAGGAAGUUUCCCAAGUGAAUAUUCCUGCCAGUACCGGUGAUAUGGGUAUUUUGGCCAAUCACGUUCCCAUUUUGGAGCAACUAAAGCCUGGUAUUGUGGAGGUUUUCGAGACUCCAAGCUCCAGCUCUAAGUACUUUAUUUCUGGAGGUUUUGCUUCUGUUAUGCCUGGCUCUAAGAUGGAUAUUCUCAGCAUCGAGGCUCAUCCAUUAGAGGAUUUUGAUGCUUCCGCUGUUAAGGCUCAACUUGCUGAAGCUCAGAAAAAUGUUGAAUCCGCCGAUGAAGAAGUUGCUGCUGAAGCUGCCAUUGAGGUCGAAGUUCUUGAAGCUUUGAGUGCAGCUCUUCACUGA